UCUCCAGGAAGUGAGCUCACUACGUACUCCUGAAGAUUUUCUGGAGUCGAAACAAGCAGAAGAGGUGGUUCCUACAAAGAAGUUUGUAGAGGAAAAAGGUGGUCCCACACAAAAACACCGUUUAAGAAGCGAACGACCGAGCGCUGCAAUAUUGCGUUUUUGUUACCGAGUUGUUGCAUUUACGCGCAAAAUGAAGACAUAAACUUGUUUCAAUUUACGCAAAAUGUUAUCAGAGACAGCCGAGCAAGCGGUAUGCUGUUAUAUCAACUGGAUUACACUUUAAAAACCCGAACCCAAAAAAAUGGAGAGAACAGCUGAGAGUGGGGUGAGCAGGAGGUUGGCGUUGGAAAGUUAGGAAGUCCAGCCUUGUUACUCCGGUUCUCAUUAGUAGUUAGCUAGCUAAAUAUUUAAUUAGCUAACUUGGAUAUAACGUUAAGAAUUGCCACAUUUAAUCAGUGUACCAACGUGUGGAGAAGCUGUUUUCUGAGUGCCUGUCGCAGUGAUUACCAUUGAUUAAGUUGGUUCAGUAGACCACUGUAUUUCCUCAAGAGUUUUGGCUGUUGUGGUUUGAUGCUCCUCAGUGCCUAGAUGUUGCGUGUGCGAUGAAGAUGUCCUGCUGGUCCCAGCGGGACAGGAUUGUGAUGUGAUGGGGUGCAGGACGAGCAAGGUCCUCCCUGAGCCCCCUGGAGAUGUCCAACUAGACUUGGUCAAAAAGGUGGAGCCCCUCCAGACUGACAUCUACAAACAUUUCAUUCGAGGCGACGGCAGUGGGAGCAAAAUGGGAGGGGAUAAAACUGGGUCUCCCUCCCCCCAGGCCCAGUUACCACCUGACACGGGUCAACCAGAGGCCUCUGACCCACGCCGAAAUAAGGUAGCCAGGUACAGGGCUAAGUUUGACCCCCGGGUCACAGCCAAAUAUGACAUCAAGGCUCUGAUAGGGCGAGGUAGCUUCAGCAGGGUUGUGCGUGUGGAGCACAAAAGCACACGGCAGCCCUACGCCAUCAAGAUGAUCGAGACGCGCUACAGAGAGGGCCGGGAGGUGUGUGAGUCCGAGCUGUGUGUCCUGCGGCGUGUCCGCCACACCAACAUCAUCCAGCUGAUGGAGGUGUUUGAGACAGUUGAGAGAGUGUACAUGGUUAUGGAGCUGGCUACGGGGGGAGAGCUGUUUGACCGUAUUAUUGCCCGUGGCUCCUUCACAGAGAGAGACGCUACCCGUGUCCUGCAGAUGGUACUAGACGGGGUCAAGUAUCUACACACACUUGGCAUCACCCAUCGUGACCUCAAGCCUGAGAACCUGCUCUACUAUCAUCCCGGUGCCGACUCUAAGAUCAUGAUCACUGACUUUGGGCUGGCCAGUACUCGUAAAAAGGGGGACGAAUGCUUGAUGAAGACCACUUGUGGGACACCAGAGUACAUUGCCCCAGAGAUCCUGGUUCGGAAACCUUAUACAAAUGCUGUUGACAUGUGGGCUCUAGGGGUCAUCUCCUACAUUCUGCUGAGCGGCACCAUGCCUUUUGAGGAUGACAACCGCAUGCGUCUCUACCGCCAGAUUCUCAAGGGGAAGUACAGCUUCUCUGGGGAGCCGUGGCCCAGUGUGUCCAACCUGGCCAAGGACUUUGUAGACCGGGUGCUGACAGUGGAUCCCAGCGAGAGGCUGACUGCCGGCCAGGCCCUGAAGCACCCCUGGAUCGUCAGCAUGGCCGCCUCGUCGUCCAUGAAGAACCUGCAGCGGUCCAUUUCCCAGAACCUCCUGAAGAGGGCCUCGUCACGCUGCCACAGCACCAAGUCUGCCCAAUCCACACGGUCUAGCCGCUCUACCAAGUCCAACAAGGCUCGCCGUGCUCGGGAGAAAGAGCUGCGGGAGCUCAACCGCCGCUACCAGCAACAAUACAAUGGCUGAAUAAUGGUUAUUGCAGUGGACUGCAGUGUUGUAAAACUCAUGUUGCAGGUGUCAUUUAGAGCACAAGCAGCGGCCUAUUACAGCACUUCAGCUUAGCUAUAAUGGCAAAAUCCAUCCUUGGCCAUAGUGCUGCUGAGACAAAACAUCCUUACAUUUCACCCCUUUCCUAGAUUGCUAUUCCAUAAUGUGUUUUUUUCCUUUCCUUUGUGUCUCAUCUAUUUAUUUAUUAUUGUCAUGAUUAUUGUUCCAGUUGAAAAUGGUCACUUGAAGCUGUCCAUUUAAACAUAUCUGUUGAACAGAAUUCUAGGUAAUGAGGUUUUAGGAAGGGAUGUUAAAAUGCUGUUCCUGCACUUGUUCCUGAUUAUUUGCUGUGAAUUUAUGUUGAUUUAGGUUGCUUGCGAUGGUGGAGAUAUGUUUCUGAAUAGAUCCUGAGACAAAAAGCACAAUGAUACUUUGUGCUGAAAUAUAAUUGUCAGUCAAUGCCAAAAUAAACAUUUAAUUUUGGUUUUAGAAUUUAAUAAUAUCUAACUGUAUUGUAUCCUGACCUGUUGCUUUCAUAGAUUGAAAAUUGUCUUUCUUGCCAGGAUUCAGUUUUUAUAACCUGUCCAAUUUGUAUGUUUUUCUAUUUGUUCUGGGAUAAUUUUAACUGUGAGCUUGAAAGGCUGUGGGAGGUUGACUGGAAACUCCAAAUAAGGAAGGAUGAUCCAGCGCUUUUGCAUUGUUGUCAUUGUGAGGACCAGGAGAAUGAUUUGGCUCAAACCAAUUCCUGUCUCUGCACUCCAGUUCCUGCUACAUCAUCUGAGAUGGACAGCCCUGUUGAAAUGAAGGAUAUGCGUCAAGUGAUGUGUUGUUUAACAAACUUAUGGAGAAGUUUGUUGAAAGCUCAGUAUUCAUUUAAAUUGUUGUAUGAAAUAUUUGCAGACAUGCCAUGUUUUAUUACUAUAUUUCUUUCCAUAAUUGUAACUUAACAAAUUGUGUAGAUUGACAACGAUUGUGCCAUGAUGGAUGUUUUGCCAGAUGUAGAUUCCACAGACAGCUGUUAGGACAGACCAAAUCAAAUCUAGCCUUUGUUCACUAUUGCCAUGUCUUAAUAAUCAAGAAUAACUGCAGUCAAAUUAUAAGUCUAAAAACAAGUUUGUUUCACAAUGAUUUGUUUUAUGUUGUUCUCUUGAAAGGAUCUCUCUUUAAUGCAUUAGAUGUUUAAUUACGAGUGUACCUUGUUAUUGCCUGUGAAUGCACUUAACCUAUUUAAUUAAUAAGUGAUGGAUUCAAGGACCUGAUUUCAUUUACCUGAUAACUUCCUGUUUCUAGCAGCUCAUUUUGAGGAGUCAUCCAAUUGUGUUAUGAAGGGCUUAAAAAGUAAUUUCGUCAAAUAAUUAUACCUCUGGUUAUUGCCUUCACAGGAUUAGUAGUAGGUUUUCUCUUAUUACACAUGCUCUUUUUAGGUCAUUUUGUAUUUAUCAUUUUGAUCCCUACAACCAGAACACUUAUAAAAAUAAAUGUGUAUCAUUUGGUCAUGUAUGAACUUUUGAGAAAUUUAUGUUGAGAAUCUGUGGUAUUUUGAAGUGAAUAUGAUAAAGAUACUGGAAAUUCAACAGAGCCGUAUCAAGCUGACCUCAGUCUCUCUUUUGGUAUUUCUAUAAUGUUACAUAAUUCUUUAUGUCAAUACUCAGUUGGUCCUACUGCUGUUGUUCGUUUUGUAAGUUGUUGCACUUCCAGUAAAGUGCAGUGGUGUCUCACCCCGCCACCCCCCACUUGGUCACCUGUUGAUGUAAUGGUAACUCAAUACUUAGCAUAUUUUGUUGUUGAUCACAUGAAGUGUCUAUUAUGUUAAUUACUUUUGUAUUAUUUUCAUUGAUUGCAUGUUUCUGUAUGUCAGGCAGCAUAAAUCUGUAACAUGCAUUCUCCACCCCACAGAUCUAAUAAUUCCAUGGUUUCAGUCAACUUGAUUGUUUUUCAAACACCACUGUCUUGCAUUUGUUUUUAUCAGAGGUUUGGUUGUAAUGCAAAUUUGGCAUUCCAUUUACAUCCCUGAAAAACCUGCUGGACAUAAGGUAAUGCAAAACUUGUUUUAAUGGAGAACACUUCAAAAUACAAUAAUUAAGUGUGCAAUGCGUGCCAAGACAAUGAAUAACCAAAAAGUAUUUUCAUGCAAUUUUGCAGAAUGUAGACACAUUUUCUCAAAGUACUUUCACCUUUUCUACACAUUGUACAAUGUAUAAAUGCCAUUGUCCCUUUCUGAAGUUGCCAAUUCAACACUGUUACCUGAAUGCAAUUGUUAUAUGUUCUUGUUCAUUUGUGUUUUAAAUGAGUGAUAACACAUUGAUUCCUCUACAUUAACUUUUUUUAAACGGUGAACUUGUUCAAAAACUAAAGUUUUAUGCAAAUGUGCCAAAUAAACAAACUGAAAGCUGA